UGGAGGACGGUGAGGCAGGCGGCGGCGAGGGUUUCGGUGUAGGAAGGAAAAAAAAACUAAACCCUCUCAAAUCUGCGUCGAGAUGGCCCACCUCGCCGCACCCGCCUCCCCGCCGCCGUCUCCAAGCCCUAUGCCCGACGCCGGCGACUCCUCGCCGCCGCCCGAAAGGGAGCCAAAGAAGGCGGUGGUCGUGGUCAUGGGCGCGACGGGCGCCGGCAAGUCCCGGCUGGCCGUCGACCUCGCGGCCCACUUCGCCGGCGUCGAGGUCGUCAGCGCCGACUCCAUGCAGGUCUACCGCGGCCUCGACGUCCUCACCAACAAGGUCCCCCUCCAUGAGCAAAAAGGCGUUCCUCACCAUCUCCUCAGCAUCAUCGAUCCUUCCGUGGAGUUCACCUGCCGCGAUUUCCGCCAUCAUGCUGUGCCGAUUAUAGAAGAUAUAUUGGAUCGUGGUGGCUUACCUGUUGUUGUUGGUGGCACGAACUUCUACAUACAGGCUCUUGUUAGCCCAUUCCUGUUUGAGGAUAUGGCAGAAGAUAUGCAGGGUUGCACUUUGAGUGACCGCCUUGAUGAUAUAGGCCUUGCCAUUGAUGAUGCUAGAAGUGGGUAUGAACAGUUGAAGGAGAUUGAUCCUAUUGCAGCGCAAAGGAUCCACCCAAACAACCAUCGAAAAAUAAAACGUUACCUUGAGUUAUAUGCAACCACAGGUGCACUACCAAGUCAUCUUUUCCAAGGAGAAGCUGCAGAGGACAAAUGGGGCCGGCCUAAUAACUCCAGAUUUGACUGUUGUUUCCUGUGGGUAGAUGCUGAUCUUCAAGUUCUGGAUAAUUAUGUCGAUGGAAGGGUCGAUUGCAUGAUCAAUGAUGGCCUGCUUGAUGAAGUGUGCAAUAUAUAUAAUCCCAACGCCGCUUAUACCCAGGGUCUGCGCCAGGCCAUUGGGGUUCGUGAAUUUGAUGAGUUCUUCAGAUUGUGUGGAGCAAAGAAAGAACCUGAUGAGAUAAAAACUGGUUCUUCUACAAAUAUGGUUGAUCUCCAUGAUGAUAAGAUGAAGAGCUUGUUGAAUGAAGCAGUCUCCCAGUUAAAAGCCAACACACGACGACUUGUCCGACGUCAAAGAAGGAGGCUACACAGGCUGAAUAAGGACUUCGGGUGGAAUUUGCAUCGCAUUGAUGCAACAGAAGCAUUCCAAUGUACCACUGGCCACUCAUGGGACAUCAAGGUUGUACAACCAUCCGCAGAUAUUGUCAGAAGGUUCUUGUCUAAGGAUACGGCUUUGGCAUGUAAAAAUUCUUCAGAUGAUAUUGGAGGAACUAGGGUGGCUUCAAGAGAGUUGUGGACUCAAUAUGUUUGUGAGGCCUGCAACAACCGAGUCCUUCGAGGGGCACAUGAGUGGGAACAACACAAGCAAGGCCGAGGUCACCGCAAAAGAACACAACGAUCGAAGCAGAAGUGUAAGAUUAGUGCAGCAUCUGAAGUAGAAGUAUAAUCAUAUGCACAUUAGGUGUAGUUUCAGCAUAGAUGAACACCGUGGCCUUGUCGCCCAACUGUUGCCACUUGUAGUAGAUAUUUUGUUUUUCAAUUCAGAUCGGUUUCGAAUCUUAUGGAAGAGAUUGGAUAAAAGGGUGUGACUAGU